GGGGAAGUUCCGCUUCCGGGAGGGAGUCAGUCCUCCGAGGGAAGGAGCUGCUGGCCCCACCGGUUUUCCCAUCCCUCCCACUUUGAAUGUCAUCUGAGAGGUGGAAAUAUCUUGAUCCAGUUUGGAGGCAGCUGAGACUAGAAGUGCAGAACCAGAGCCAGCUGCCACCCAGAUAGAAGUAUUUUCUUUGUUUUCAGACCCCAUAAAUUCUCCUAGUCCUCCCACUUUGAAUGUCAUUUGAGAGAAGAGGUGGACUCAUCUUCAUUCAGUUUGGGGGCAGCCUAGAUGGAAGGACAAGAGCCAGCUGCCACCCAGUUAGAAGGAUUUUCUUCAGCUGUUGAGGCAGAGAAGAAUAGAGCACUUUGGGAGGACCCUUGGAGGAAAGACCGGGAGAGCAGUCUUCUCCACUCAGACCUUCAGCGCCAGCAUUUCCGGCAUUUCUGCUAUGAGAAGACUUCAGGGCCUCGAGAGGUUUGCAGCCGCCUCCACUCUCUCUGCCGCCUGUGGCUGAAGCCUGAGCGACACUCUAAGGCGGAGAUGCUGGACCUGGUGAUCCUGGAGCAGUUCCUGGCCGUCCUUCCUGCGGAGAUGGAGCGCUGGGUGAGGGAAUGUGGGGCAGAGACCAGCUCCCAGGCCGUGGCCUUGGCUGAAGGAUUCCUCCUGAGUCAGGAAGAGGAGAGGAAGUGGGAGAAGCCCCAGGUGCAGGACUCUUUUGGAAAUGGGACCAUUCGGGUGGAAGAGUCUCCUUCAGACACCGUAUGCGUUGUCCAGAUUGCAGAAGGAGAAUAUAUCCUAGUUGGCUGUGAAUCAUGGCCAAAUGAUAGUAGCACACCUUUCCCUGAUUCUUUCCUAAGAAGAGAUUCUGUGGAACCAGAUCAGGUGAUUUUUGAAGAUGUGUCUGUGGAUUUCUCAGAGGAGGAGUGGGCCCUCUUGGAUCCAAGCCAAAAAGCCUUGCACCACCAAGUCAUGGAGGAGAACUUCGGGAUUGUGUCAUCUCUGGAGGAGACACAAUUUAUAUAUUUGGAAGAUGAACUGAAUUUUAAUUGGAAGGAAUCAUUCGUCUUUUCUGAAGAAACUCACGCAAGGGAUAAACCAUUUAAAUGCUUGGAGUGUGGAAAGAACUUCCAUCAUAAUUCAGACCUUGUUCGUCAUCAGUCAACUCACACGGGAGAGAGACCAUUUAAAUGCUUGGAGUGUGGAAAGAACUUCCAUCAGAAGGCAAACCUUGUUCGUCACAAGGCAGUUCACACAAGAAAGAAGCCAUUUAAAUGUUUGGAAUGUGGAAAAAGUUUCUCUCAGAAGGUAGUCCUUGUUCGUCACCAGGCAAUUCACACAGGAGUAAAGCUGUUUAAAUGUCUGGAAUGUGGAAAAAGUUUUUCUCAGAAGGCAAACCUUGUUCAUCACCAGGAAAUUCAUAAAAGAGAAAAGCUGUUUAAUUGUUUGGAAUGUGGAAAAGGUUUCUCUCAGAAGGUAGUCCUUGUUCGUCACCAGGCAGUCCACACAGGAGAAAAGCAAUUUGAAUGUUUAGAAUGUGGAAAAUGUUUCUCUCGGAAGGCAAACCUUAUUUAUCACCAGAUAAUUCACACAAGAGAAAAGCCAUUUAAAUGUUUGGAAUGUGGAAAAAGUUUCUCUCGGAAGGCACAUCUUGUUCAUCACCAGGCAAUUCACACAGGAGAAAAGCCAUUUAAAUGUUUGGAAUGUGGAAAAAGUUUUUCUCAGAAGGGAGGCCUUGUUCGACACCAGGCAAUUCACACAGGAGAGAAGCCCUUUAAAUGCUUUCAGUGUGAAAAAAGCUUCAGUCACAAGCACAUCCUUUUUAGUCAUCAGGCAACUCACACAGGAGAGAAGCCAUUUAAAUGUGUGCAGUGUGAAAAGAGCUUUAGUCACAAGCAUGACCUUAUUCGUCAUCAGUCAACUCACACAGGAGAGAAACCAUUUAAAUGCUUGCAGUGCGAAAAAAGCUUCAGUCACAAGCAGACCCUUAUUCAUCAUCAGGCAACUCACACAGGAGAGAGGCCGUUUAAAUGCUUGGAGUGUGGUAAAAGCUUCAGUUACAAGAAACACUUUACUCAUCAUCAAGCAAUUCACACAGGAGAGAAGCCAUUUAAAUGUUUGGUGUGUGGAAAGAGCUUUAGUUACAAGAACAUCCUUAUUCAGCAUCAAGCAAUUCACACAAGAGAGAAGCCGUAUAAAUGCGCAGAGUGUGGAAAGAGCUUCAGUCAGAAGGGAGGCCUUGUUUACCAUCAGGCAACUCACACAGGAGAAAAGCCAUUUGAAUGCUUGGAGUGUGGAAAGAGCUUCAGUCGGAAGGGCGUCCUUGUUCGUCAUCAGGCAAUUCACACAGGAGAAAGGCCAUUUAAAUGCUUGCAGUGUGGAAAGAGCUUCAGUCGGAAAUCAUACCUUGUUUGUCAUCAGGCAACUCACAGCAGAGAAAAACCAGAGUGUGGAAAGAGCUGCAGUUGAAAUACAAGCCUUCUUUUUUAAUUGCCAACCCACACGGAAGAAAUGGGGUAAAGGCACGUUCCCUUGUUUUCCAUCAAAGGGGGCAUGAUUCUUUGUCAUAGAAACACCGAGUUAAAAAAACAUGGCUUUGGGGAAAAUAAUACACUGAUCCAUUUUCUUUGAUGAAAUUUCUCAUUAAGCAAAAGUGAUAAAAUUUUGAGAGCUAAAGGGAGGAUAUUUCAGGUUUUUAAAAAUCGAUUCAUGCAUGCUGGUUAUUGCAUAUAUUUCCUGUUAUGUAUAUUCAGGGUUAAAAAUACAUUUAUUUGAGAAGUUUGAUGAGGAGUGUGGAAAUGGAUUUGAUCAAUGAGUAAUGUGCAAUUGUAUGUAUGUGGUAGGGGGUUUUCUUGUAUGAAAUAUCUAAUAAAGCAUAAAAGAUAAA